AGAAGACGCCACCAGGCCGCUCUCACCGCCAUGCCUAAGAAUAAAGGUAAAGGAGGUAAAAACAGGCGUAGGGGUAAGAAUGAGAACGAAUCUGAAAAAAGAGAGUUGGUGUUUAAAGAGGAUGGACAAGAGUAUGCACAGGUAAUCAAAAUGUUGGGAAAUGGACGAUUAGAAGCAAUGUGUUUUGAUGGUGUAAAGAGGUUAUGUCAUAUCAGAGGAAAAUUGAGAAAAAAGGUUUGGAUAAAUACCUCAGACAUCAUAUUGGUUGGCUUGCGAGACUAUCAGGAUAACAAAGCUGAUGUAAUUUUAAAAUACAAUGCAGAUGAAGCUAGAAGUCUGAAGGCAUAUGGCGAGCUUCCAGAGCAUGCUAAAAUCAAUGAAACAGAUACAUUUGGACCUGGAGAUGAUGAUGAAAUCCAGUUUGAUGACAUUGGAGAUGAUGAUGAGGACAUUGAUGAUAUCUAAACUGAACACAACGUUUUACAUUCCAUUUUUUUCUGAAGAUUGUCCUACAGUUUGGAUUUUGGAUCUGGCCCAUUAUAGAAGAAUAGAAGAUUAAAAUUUCAUUAGCAUGAGUGCAAUUUGUUAAAGCAGACUGAUUUGUGUUUAAGGUAUUUGUUUCUUUAAAAACGAAUACUGCUGAAUUAUCUUAAGUGAAAUAUUAAGCCCACAUUUUUUUUUUUUUUUUUUGAUGUAAUCAAUCUUCUGGAUAAAAGGCCACAACAUCUACU